UGAAGUCAAAAUAUCGUUUUUGCCAAUUAUAACAAACUUAAAAGAGAAGAGAAAGGGUACUAAAUGAAUGAAAAGGUGCAAAAAAACUAUGUUUGUCCCAAGAAACUUGAAAACGUCAAUAAAAAAACAGAGAAUUAGAUUAAAAAGCUCAAACUUAGGGUAAUUAUGCCUGACAAAGCAAGGUUGCCAUGGAAACAAGGCAGAGUCCCAUAACGCUUUUGGUGUGUGUUUUUUGCUCAGCUUUUCCCAGCUAACUUAUACACUCAGUAAACAGCUUGUUUCAUUGCAUUUUGAUUACUUUUCUUGUUAUCAACGUAUAAAGUUUCCCCCUCACCUUCCAGUCACCUGGGUACAGGGUACAAAUUUAGCUUCAAAUCCGUCAGUAGGGAAAUUAAUUUCUAGCUUAUGGUUUGGAAAUAUAUAUUCCCUUUAAAUAAUUUACUUAGGGAUGAUUGAAUGGUUGUUAAUUGUGCGGCUGGUGUCUAAAAAUCUCUCCUAAUAAGGAAUUUAGACCUUGACAUGAAGUGCGUAGUAAGUAAUUUCUCUUAAAGUGUUUGCUAGUGAAAAAGCCUCGACCUUAGUAUUUUUUUCUUCAUAUUACUAAACUAAGAGCUGAACUUUGCAUGGAUACUAAGACUUUACGGUGUAAAACAUGGGCAUAAAAAUUAUGCGAUCUGAAAAACAGGCCAUUUCCGGUUGCUUCCCAUAUGCUUCAAAUAGAACCAAGUUGUGAUAAUAGCCACAGGCUAUCAAAAAAUUUACGCGAGCUAAUGUUUUCACCCAUAAGCGCCUAAGAAUAGGGCAUUACAAAUAUGGUUUUGGGUUUGUCUGAAAUUAAUUGUACAUUGCUAAAAGAGAGAUUGAAAAAGUGGCCAAAAUUACAAUGAAAAUCAGCUUCUGGGGACCCCUGAGGGGCUGAUAUCCAGAACUCGGCUAAAAAAAAUGGUCGUUGAAGCUGAAACUUGGGCAUAUUACAUAAGUCCACAUAACGACUUUAUGUACCAAUUUUAAGCGAAAUCGGUGAACCUUCAUUUCCAAGUCUGCCCCGGUCUCUCAGGCAGAAGCUCUUAAAUAACAUUAAGUAAAUGGUAGCGUUUGACAGAAGAAUUGAGUUUUUUUCCAUAUUUCUUUUUCUAGCCAGUAAAAUAAAUAGUUUGAUUACCAUGACACACAACUCCUCCAGUAUUUCAGUGGUUGUAUAGAUUUUGUUUAAUUAAGGUACUAACGUAUUUCAAUUAAACAGUCAGCCUGGCUUAGCUUCCUAUUUAGUUCCGCCAGGCCUGAAAUUUGUUGUUUGCUUAUGAUUGUCAAAAUAACAUCUACGAACAUCUACGAAGUUUAGUUCGUUGGUUGUCAAGCUAUACCAGGCAAAACGAUUUUACACAAUAUGGUUGCGAGUUAUUUCUUGUUCACUCACUAAUAAAAUUACCUGAAGCAAAUAUAUUUUUAUCUCACUUUUGAUCGACGAGGUCAUGUCAUUGACACCUCUAAUCGGAUUGCUUUUGUCCCUAAUUAAAAACGUCCAAUUUCGAAGAUAUCUAUUGUAAUCAGCAACGCCGAAAGUGACUGAUAAAAAUUUUGGCGCGAUUAACAACUUUAAACAUUUAUGGAGGAAGUGGCCUGGGUCUCCCUGCUUUGAACUGAAUCAGUUAUACUAGUGCCGCAAAGUUCAAAAAUAAGUGAACCUUCGCUUUUUGUUUAUUUUCAAUGCAAAGGCCUUCUCCAUUCCGGCUGCUCUCCAGAGUGGGGUGUCAUUCUUUGAGGUAAUUACAAUUUUUACGCAACUUAAACGAGUAAUUAUGCAGCUCCAAUAAAUUAAUGAUGACCAUUGAAAACUUAUAUACUUUUCUAUGUAAAAGAAUAUCAUCAGUAUUAAAAUUCAGCAGUUUUUUUUCUUUUGAAUAAGAAUUCGAUAAAAGGAAAACAAUGUCAUUUGCAGGCUUAAAUCGGCAUAACUGUGGUAUAAGAAGCAACUUUAUGUUUCGCUCCAUCAAUUGAUACGAGACAGUAAAGAAUUGUAAUUUUAUUAUCCUCAAAGCAAUUAGUCGAUAAGACAGAUUAGUUAAGCUUGCCGAAAAGAAUUUACAUAACAACGGAAUAUUCCAUCGCUUUAGGAACAUGGGUCAUAAAAUAAAUAUGUGAUAUGAUUUGUAUCUAUUAUUUCUCUUUUCUAAGUUCGCCGAACUCAGACUGAAACAGGGACGAGACUAAGGCAAUUACUUGUGAACCAAUAUUUCUUUCAAUUUCGAGGUGUGAAGAGUACUUCCAAUGAAAAUUCCUUCUGGCUGCUCAUAAAUAAUGCUUCGUGGUUUGUUCAAAAUUGGAUUUUGUUUUUCAUUUACAUCAAUAGGUGGUAAAUGUAAAUGUAUCAAUAUCGCUUUUAGUUCUGAAAAAAGGAAUCAUUUUCCCUAAAUUCAAGCUGCGAAAUCACUAAAUUCGCACGUGCUGAAUAUAUAUAAUCACAUUAACAGCGAAACAGAGAAUAUAUGCUCACUGGGAAGUCAUUAACCUUCCAAAGGAAACGGGAAUUUAUGAAUCAAAUUACCCCUUAAAUAUAACUGACUGAAAAAUUGCCGUCACUCGUUCAGUUUCAACGUAGUGAAACGCAGUUGUAUCGGGUCUGAAUAUUUGACGUAAAAGUAAGAUAUCAGAACUCUUGGAAAGUGCUGCACUAUAGUAACUUAAGCAAUGGAAAUGACUCAGCAAUGGGUGAAAACCCUUCGCCUGAAGUUUUUGUCAUCGUGAACUGUGCCAUAAAUGUGCCAUUGAUCUUCGUAGCCAUUAUCGGUAACUCACUCGUGUUAGCCGCCAUUUUGAAAACUCCCUCGCUUCAACGUUCUCCUUCCAUAGUUUUCUUGAGUAGUCUCGCUGUUUCAGAUCUUCUUGUUGGUUCUGUCGUUCAGCCACUUUUCAUCUCCAGCGGACUUGCUCAGAACUUUUUCCUUGGAAGCCUGUGGCUCAAAGUUGGCUUUGUUUGCUGUGGCUUUUCUCUUAGUACAAUGACCGCCAUAAGUCUGGACCGCUUUUUAGCUCUUCAUUACCACAUAAACUACGCUGGGUUUAUGACUAUCUCAAGAGUCAUCGCUAUCUUAGCAACAAUAUGGGCCAUCAAUAUUCUUCUGCCAUUUAUCUACACUUGGAGCCCGAAAACGUAUUACCAAAUUGUCGCACUAGCCAUGUUCCUUUAUCUCUCGAUUUCGACGUUUUCCUACUUCAGAAUUUACCGCAUUGUUCGCAAGCAUCAGGCGCGCAUUUACGCUCAACAACAGGCGGUGCAAUUACCUAAUCAAGAAGCUGGAGAUAGCCUGAUCUUCAUGCAUUUAAAGAGGAGUGCAAUGAACACGUUUGUUUUCUACAUCGUCAUGAUUUUGUGUUUCUCACCUGUUUUCGUUGAUAUGUCUAUUUCUCUGUCUAAAGGUCAAGAAAACGCGCGAGGCUUCACUACAACAGCAGUGUUCAUGAAUUCGUCCAUUAAUCCAAUUUUGUACUCGUGGCGUCUUGCUGAGCUUAGAGCUGCCGUGGUCAAGAUACUGAGAAAAUUGUGUUGUAGGAAGCCCUGAGGAACGCCACACACUUUGAAUUCGGUAUGCUUCCUUAAUAUGCUUAUUUGUCCCGUUCAUUCGGCAGGAAAAGCCUAUAGUGCUUAAAAUUAAAACAACAAAAUCGAAAAGAGUGACUAGAGAGUUCCGUAAAGUCACCAAUUAGGUAUUCAAAAGGUUCACAGUUUAAUGAUUAGGUACGAAUUGUGUUUGCUGCAAAUUCUGUUAUGGAUUGAAAAACGCUGAAAACAUUUAUUUUUUUUACUGUGGCUGUAAUACAUUACCAAGUAGUUUUCUAAAUGCACAUCAUUUUCAGACUGACAACUGAAAGAACACUACAAAGGUAAACAUGAGGUUUAAUCAGCAAAGAAAUACGUCAGGAUUUACGCAUCAAAAUUAUUAGUAGAUAUCUAUCAUUGAACCCAAAAUUUGACGAUCGAUCUGAAAGAAGGAAAUUUGCAUCAUAUCAUUGAAUUUAACUUUUUUGUUUGCUUGUUUAUUUUCUUUUGUCUUACUGUCUCUUUCUAACGACUCUAUGCUAAUCGUCUCUGAUAUCUGGUAUCUGAUUCAGUUACUAAAUUGAAUGCAAAAGUAUUUUUUUUAUCACUUUGUAACGUUGAAGUAGCAUAUUCCAGGAUAUAAGCUGCCCCUUUAAAUCUCAUCUUGGUGGUAGUCUUCUCCAAUAUCGUUCGCAGUCACUUGUGUGUCCAAUAAGGUUGAACAAAAUUGUUAUGCAUGACCUGGAGCGACUAUUUAGAUUAAUGCCGUUUAAUGAAAGUACUGUCAUGCAAGGUUUAGUUCAUCUAGUGCCCACGCCUCACGCUGUUUGGCCUUGAACGUUGGAGAUCUGGGUUCCAUAUUUAAACAUGAGUUAAACCGGUGACCGCCUUGAUGAUAUCGCCUGAGGGCUUUUACAUAAACCGACCGUUUUCUCUCUAAUGCUGUUAGAUGCUGUUUUAGGCUAUCUGGAGUACUUU